AUGAAGUACCUCGAGUACCCCGAGCUCGAAGUGCUCUCGCGCUCGUUGACGUUUGAGUUAUCAGAAUGCAAGGUAUUCACGCGUCUUGAGGCGUACUCCUGCAAAGCAGUCAACAAGGAGAAGCGGCUGUUCAAGUCGCUCGAGUCCUCCUAUCUCCUCUCCGCCUCGAGCUCGCCCCCGGGUUAUCUGGACGAGGCGCUCGCGUCGCCGUUCGGGAGACUUGACCAGCCGAGCGCGCGCAAGACGCUAUUCUUGCUGAUCGCGACGCUGAAUGGCGCGUUUCCCGAUCACGACUUUAGCAACGUGAACCCCACCGAUUUCAUACGCGAGACCUCGCCGACGAUGGUGCUCAGCAGUCUCACAUCCACACUGCAGUCGCUCAAGAGCGGGACAGGGUCGCCGCACAGCCUCGGGAGCUUUACCAAUUCCAUCGAGGACUCGGUGCUCCUCGCACGGUCGCCGAUGAGCAGCGAGGUCCGCACGCCGACCGCCUCGUCGAGCACCGCGCCGGGCACGGGCGCGUCGCGCUCCGCACAUACCUCGCUCUCGUCCGUGCUCGACGAGAUCAUCAAUAUCGCCGACUGCGAAGUCUACUCGUUCCACCCAGACAUGGACUCGGACCCGCACGCAAGCGCAGAGCCGGACGAAGAGGGCGGCGAGAUGGACGAGGGCGACCCGUACGACGAGGGGUAUAGCGUGGACGCGGGCGGCGUCGUGUCCCGGGGGGGGACACCGGCCGACGAGGACGAGGACGUGGAAAUGACCGACGCCCCGGUAUUCGACGAGGAGGUGUUUGAAGGAGGGUUCGGCCGCGCACCGCCGGCGGCCGCACACCAGCGGCACGCUUCCGCGUCGUCCGUGAGCGAGGCCGAGUCUCCGCAGAUGUACGAUGAGGACGAUUUGGGCGGCACAGGCGCUGGUCUCUUGUGGUCGACCUUUGCUUUCUUUUACAACCGACGCAUGAAGCGCAUCUUGUUCGUGAGUGUAUGGAGCCGCAAGAACACGGCACCAACACCAGCGACAUGGAGCAGCCCGUCGCUCGCGGCGACGCGGCCCAUCGCGCCCGUACGCGGCAUGGACCUCGGCGCACCGGCGCUCACAACGGCAUCGCUCCCGGCAAAGCUCGCGUCCGAGCGCCUGGGAGAGCAUCUGCUCACGCCGACCGCAUCGCCCGCCAAGGUGCCAGCACGGCUGCGCACCGAGCCUUACCACAGCACACGCCGCGCACGCAGCUCGGCGAUGGACGUGGCGCCGCGCAUCCAGCGGCACCGGCGCAGCGCACGCGACCGCUCGGCGUCGAAUAGCCCUGCGCCAUCGGCGCUUUCCCCGUUCCCGCACGCACAGCAGGCGCCAAGCCAGGCGCCGCGCGCCGCACCGCCGAGGUUCUCGUCGCUGGACGCGGCCGUGCACAGCGUCAGUGCGCCGACGGUCGCCGCGACGAUGGCGCUGGGCAAUACGCCGUCGCGUCUCGCGUCCUCGCCGCCGGCUGUCAAGCGAAGUGGCGCUGCGCCGCCCUCGGCGCUGUCCGCGAGCACAAAGCGCACUCGCGUCACGGAAGGGGCGCCCCAGUAG